CUUUAACUAGUUAUCCUUUGGGCUGUGACAAUGGGGCGGAGUGAGCCGCCGUUCAUUUACGAUCCCCCAUCACGACAAACGCCCGUCUCUCCAACCAAGCCAUUCAACCCCAAGGCACAUACCCAGGCAUCUUGGGCUCCGCGCGAACCGAAGGCAAAGAAAAAUGGCCCGCUGGUCAAUUUUAACCAACACCCAGAUUCUUUCGGAUUGAUCGCGGGCGGUAGGGGCAACAUCAAAUUAAUGAGCCCUCGAACAAAGCAGAGGGUAAAAUACGCCAGGUGGUCACAACUAGCAUUGAGAGUUUUGACCCUAAUUGGAGCUCUCGGGAUACUAUUCUGUGUUAUUUGCAUCAAGGGGACAACACUGACCCUUGCAUGGAUGAUACGCGUCCCACCUUGCGUAACGAUCCUCCAUACUAUCUACGGUAUUUACCAUCUCUUUCGAUCCGCGACCGCGCGAACUCCCGCCUCAUCGGCAAGCUACAUGUUGUUUGCAUCGGUGCUGGACGCCGGACUGAUCCCAUUGUAUGUUUUUACCAGCAUCGUCUCAAACGUGGAGUACGAAACCAAGUCUUACGGUUGGGAGACUCUCUUUGGAAACGAAGGAGUAAGGGAGGCGAUCAUCCACGCGACUUUUCUUGCCGCUUCAACUGUGGGCGGGCUUCAUUUAAUCUCACUAGGUUUGGACCUUUAUUUAGCCAUUGUCUUCCGACAGAUAUCAAAGCUUCCACCGGAUAUGAAUCCCUUAGAGGAUAACCUCACGUCUCGAGGACAAAAGCGAAAUAAGUCAGAAAUCGCAGAAAAGCAUUUGAGCCAGAGCACAACGGGCUCCGCCGAGGCCAAUCGCGAAUCACUCGCUCAGGAGCCAUUGAUACCUACCCGGACAGUGCCUUUCAUGCACACUAGGGCCGAUUCAUCAAGCACGCUUUCUGGAAGUGACCUUCGAGGAACAGACAGCCCCCGGACAUCAUAUUACUCAGCGCAAUCCUUCAGGUAUUCGCGAUCGGAUCUUCCGAGCCAGCAGACUUUUCAUUAUGAACAGGCGAACAAGUCAAAAGUGGAGAUUGCGCGUACUCCGGCGCAGCGGCGUGGUACCACUCCAUCCAGGCCCCAGUCUAUGGUCAGAGAUGCUCCUCCUGUCUCCGAUCAGUCAAAUUUGACUGCCCUGGAUGCGAGACAGCGCGACCCCAGUGGUGUUUCCGCCUUAUCGGAUGAGAAUUGGUGCAUCUAUCCAUCUUCACCUCCAUCACCUGAGCUAUGCCCCGAUGAUUCUGCAGCUAGACCGUUGUCUUUACCCAACGGAGGAGAUACUCCUAUGAUACCGGGUAUUGAUGACGAGAAAUGGGAUAAUUCUAGUUUCCUUGACAGCCUUCAGUGUCGGAGUGACACCGUAGUGCAGCAUCGAGGUGAUUACACAGCCAUUGACGACUGCGAUAACGAUGAAAUUAUAUACGGUAAUCAGCAUGCCGAAAACUCGUACGUCCCCGAACGUGACUUGGGAGACCAUCAGGUCGUGUUGGCGCAAGAUGAGAACAACGACUAUAAGCACCAGCCGCUCCUGAAUCCACUGGAAAUGAAUCCGCCAACUCCCCGGCCGACUGAACAGGGGUCAGUCAGCUCACGUCAUUCAAAGGGUAGCUUACGUCGUGUUGCACUGGCAGAUGUGCCAAACCCACCUUCUGACAGUGGCAGGCCAACGCCCGUCAAGAGUGCCAAGUUCAGGUCCUAUGGCAAACUAGACCAAGGCAAAAUUUCUCCCGCACAGCGUGUAGGAAGCCUUCGUGGUAAAGACUUGAAAGUCAUAACCCCAAAUAUCACUGACAAAAAGAAAUCACGAUGGAGGCGCAUGACGGGCAACUACGAAGCGGUUAAUGACAAUGAUCACGAUAGUGAUAGUGAUAGGAAUGAUAGCCUAUCAGAUCAAGAGAAUCGCGACCGUACGGGUCGUGUCGUCAGUAACACCGGAAUUGAUUUGGGGCUAGGACUUGGCUCUAAACCUGCAGGGUAUGGAAGUUACAUUGCAGGCCUGGGUGUGGGAAGAAGGCGUGAAGUCAGUGGAAAAAUGGCAGAAGAGGGGCGAGGAAGUCGUUUGGCUCCCGAGGAUGAUGACUAUGAAGGAAAGGGGAAGAGACUAUCAAAGACAGGCGAAUAUCGAGCUGCGGGAUGGGCUCGAUUCAGGGGUCUUUGAAGGUCUGGAUAUCCGCAAUCUCGACUGGGCUAGGACUGGAUUCCUUUGUGUUGGAGUGAUUUCGGAUCCGGUGUUUAUAUCCUGGGAAUUUCUGAUAUUUAUGCUGCCAUGAAUGUAUGUUAAGGAUGCUAUAGUUACUGCCCAGUUGUAUUUUGA